AUGGUGAGUAGCAGUACAAAACACAUCCUAAUUUCAUUUGUGGUACUUACAAUUUUGGUAGUCAAAAAUAAUGCGCAUUACGCAAAAAAACGCGCCUUACUUCGCCCGCAGCCAGCGGUUAUAUAUGCACAACCAAACUCGCAAUGUUACUGCGUACCAGGUCCGCCAGGCCCACCAGGACCACCUGGUGUUGUAGGUUUUGAUGGAGAACGUGGUGAUAGAGGCGAUAAUGGCGUAGCAGGAGUGACUGGUUUGAUUGGUUCAGCCGGCCAACGUGGUUCACCUGGUCGCACGGGAUCACCUGGACCAAUUGGUCCUAGUGGGCGCAGAGGACGCCGCGGAUAUGCUGGAGAACGUGGCCCUAUUGGUCCGCAAGGACCGCCAGGUCCACCAGGUCCGAAAGGUGAUCCGGGUCCGAAGGGCGCACCAGGUGAAGCAGCGAGAAGGCGCUCUUUAAACUUUCGUAGUGAGCACAAUGAAAAAGAAGAUAGUAACAAUGAAGUCGAGUUACCUCAAGAAAACAAUGAGAAUUUCGAUACUCUUGGCGGCGGUAUUGAAUCCUAUUAUGGUAAAAGAAAAUAA